CAAAACACGCCUUUACGAUUCUCAGCCAACUAUAUGAACAAUCUGCUCAUCUUUUACCCAAUCAGGGACUCCUUGACCAUACUUCGACGACCCACGGGUUCCUGGAAACACGAGAGGUCGCUUUUUGUGUCUCCUGCAUGCAGGCUUCCUUUCGGCACCCAGCGAGAAGAGUGAGGCUGUCGGGUGAGGAAAUGCGUUAGGAUAAUCUGCGAACCUCGAGUUUGCGGCCCGGCGCAACUGUCUUUUGCUUGGAGGGAUAUCCCUGGAUUAUAUCUCUUCAACGUACCCGUGUUCUUGUGCCUUUAUUUCCGUUCUGGAGUGCUAAGCGACCGCCGCAUCACGAAUAUGGUGAACAACAUACACACUGCGCAUGAGCCCCAACCCUCAACUCCUGCAUCGAAGGCCAUUGGGUCAUUGCCUGGGCGAUCUCGGUGGUCGGAAUGGGCUCUCCACAACUCGGGACUGUACUACUAUCGAGCUCGAUAUAUCUCAUUUGAGGACAUCUCAUCAAUACCGCCAACUGGAAGAAAUUCGAUUGUGCCGAAUGUUCAAGGCGGAUACAUUCAUUACCAAUCCAUGGGUGUCAAUGAGGCGACCAGCCAAGGAUCCAGUCAAGCUCCGGAGUUGUCAACAUGCUCUACCGUGACGACACCAACAACCAGUGAUCCUCCAAUCUCUACACAAGAAGUAUGCGGCCAGCAGAAUGAUCAACUCGUUGUUUCAACAAAGACAACCGAGGAUAGCAUGUUGAUGAGUGGAGCGCUGCAACCAGAAGGAGACACUACAGAAACUGUCGUAGUGAUAUCGAGCUCCAAUGCACUGAAGCGGAAAUCAACUACAUCGAAAAAACAGAAGGAGAAGAAGAAACAUGGGAAGAAGUUGGAUGUUGAUAAGAGAAAGCAAGUCAGCAAUAAGGCGAAAGUGAACAAGUGGUUAGACACUCUAUAAUUCCGUGUGGCAUUCCCAGAUUAUUUGGAUGGUAUUUUCAGGUUUAUGGCGUCAAUUAAGGGAAUAGUAUGUUUCAACAUCAUGUCGAUUCUUAAUUGUUUGGAUGAAGCACAUGAUACUCUCCGAAACUGUGAAAUACAUGCACUGUGCAUUCUCCGCCGUACUGAGAUAUUUUACACAGUG